ACCCCGAUUUGACUUUAUACAUAAACUAUUGAUAUGCAUCAGACCUUGAAUUCCGAUCCUCUUAGCAGUACACCGUGUCUUGGCAGUAACAUAUUCCUCUUGUUCAUCGUUUGUCCAACGUUACCAUCGAUAAUAAACAUCUCUCACAAUCCCUUUCCUCUCCAAAUCCAGGCCCUCUCCUUUCUCUUUCUCAAAACUUCAACCCCAUCAGUUUGGAAGCAAGAGUGGUGCUUGAGGCUGCAUAUGUCGACAACAAGUCUCGUAACUUUGUCCCACUGUUUGACCGGCGCGGACGCCGGUCAGAGAAGCCGUUUGGUGACGUCGAGACAGAUGGAUCGUUGCCGGUUUGCGGAUAGCCGGAGCAUGGCAUCUCUCUGCGCUCGACAAAGCACUCGAACAAUGGAUGUGGCUGUUCGGAGCAGCAUCGAUCCGGUGCCUCAUCUUCCAUCCGAUCCUUCUCCUAGUUCUUGUUCUUCACAUGGCAGGAAAUUCUGGGUUGUGGGGGUGUUUGUAUCGGUGAUUCUACCAUUUUGGAGGAACAAAUGGGGUCCCCUGUGGAAGCUGAAAAAUGAGGUCGAAGCGGCGGUCGAGACGGUGGAGCACGUGACGGAUAUCGUGGAGGAGGUGGCGGACAAGGUGGAGCAGGUGGCGGAGGAGGUCGCCGAGCACCUCCCAGAAGGCAAGCUGAAAGACAUGGUGACCUCGGUGGAGCAUCUAGCCGAGACGGCGGGCAAGGAUGCUCAUCUCGCGGGAGACAUCAUCGAUAAGGUGGAGGAAGUGGAGAAGGAAGUGGACUCGUUCAUGGAGCCAGGCCAUGUUAAGGACGGAGCUGGCGAAAUCUCCAAAGGAGGGGAUGAACAAGAUCAGAAGAGCUAGCAGGGUUUCUUCUUCUUUUUUUUAAGGGAAAUUAUUGUUAUUAUUUCGUGUUUAAAGUAAAAUUUUGAUUUGUACCCGGUAGAUAAUUUUUUUUAUUAAAUAACCAUAAAGCUCGAUUAAGAUAAUCAAACUAUAUGUCCAGAUUCAAUAAUAAAACAUGCAUCGAUUCAAAUCAGAACCACGUUGGUCCUGUCUUGACUC